UCCCGAGCCCUUGAGCGCAGAGAGUGGGCGGGGCCAGGCGCGCGCCGCUCCGACGCGCCAAACUGCGCUGCGCUGAGCAGAUGUGAUACACGCGACACGUCCUGCUUAGCGGUAGCGAUAUUACGCGGUACUAUGCAGACAAAUUAUACCCAGCAGCGCGAAUACGAGCUGCGUUAAAAGCGACCUCUUUCGUGCCAUAUAUUCCAACGAACAGGACGAGUCCCGUUCAGCUUGGAUUGCGAGAAGCUUCGCUUGGAGGAGACGAGAACAGGAGAGCUCAUGUACCACAUGUGAAGCACGAAGGAUCAGCCGGAAUUCCAUAAGUACGUGAUCGGGUGUAAGUCAUCUUUGACCUACGAAACCUGAAGAUGAAGUUGCUAUGGAAACUACUGGUACUGCAGUCAUUCAUGGGGUAUCUCGCAGUGGACAAUGUACUGCAGGCUCCCAUUAUCACCAAGCAGCCUGGCAGCAUCGUAUUCCCAGUGGACUCUUUGGAGAAAAGCCAAGAAGUUGUGUUUAGUUGUGAAGCUCAAGGACAGCCACCACCGUUUUACAGGUGGAAGCUCAAUGGAACCAGCAUUGAUCCAACAUUUGAUUCACGCUACACCCUCUUUGGUGGAAACCUCCGCAUCACCCAGUUGAACAAAGACCAGGACUCUGGGACCUACCAAUGCUUUGCCUCCAAUUCAUUUGGGACCAUCGUAAGCCGCAAGGCCAGCCUUACCUUUGCAUAUCUGGAAAACUUCAGAACUCAUCGAAGAAGUGCAGUGUCUGUGAGGGAGGGACAAGGGGUGGUGCUUCUGUGUGGCCCACCUCCUCACUCAGGAGCCCUGACGUUCAGCUGGAUUUUUAAUGAGUACCCAUCAUUCGUAAAGCAGGAUUCACGACGGUUCGUGUCUCAGGAAACAGGAAACCUGUACAUUGCCAAGGUGGAGCCGUCUGAUGUGGGAAACUACACAUGUGUCGUCACCAAUACUGUCACAAAAACGCAUGUUCAUGGCCCACCCACUCCUCUUAUACUGCGUACUGAUGGUAUUAUGGGAGAAUAUGAACCAAAGAUUGAAGUACAAUUUCCAGAACUGGUCCAGGUGGCUCAAGGUGCAACUGUGAAACUUGAGUGCUUUGCUUUGGGAAAUCCUGUCCCUUCUAUAAUAUGGAAGCGAGCAGACGGCAUCCCAUUCUCCCGUAAAGUGGACAUGAGGAAGGCCAGUGGCAUCCUGGAGAUUCCAUACUUUGAACAGGAUGAUGCCGGCACGUAUGAGUGUGUUGCUGAGAACUCCAAAGGGAGGAACUCGGUGCAGGGCAAGCUUUCGUUCUAUGCUCCUCCACAGAUGAUUGAAAAACCACAGGACAUGCAGAAGGCCAUUGAUGACUCUCUAGUGUGGGAGUGUAUGGCCAUAGGGAAACCCAAACCCUCCUAUAGGUGGAUGAAGAAUGGAGAAAAUUUGGAACCUACAGAGGAAAGGGUACAGGUGGUUAAUGGUGCCCUGUCUAUAAAUCGCUUGGUGUUGUCCGAUGCCGGAAUGUACCAGUGUGUGGCUGGGAACAAAUAUGGGGAGGUGUACUCCAACGCAGAGCUCAGAGUGAUUGCUGUGGCUCCAGAUUUUGGAGCAAAUCUGUUGAAGAGCCACAUUCUUGUAAAGGAAGGGGGUGACGUGCUGAUUGACUGCAAGCCGAAGAUGUCUCCCAGAGGCUUGAUCACCUGGAAAAAAGGCAAUGAGGCCCUAAGAGAGAAUAGCAGAAUGACUGUUCUGGAGAGCGGAAGUCUGCGAAUAUCCAAUGCCAUGAAAUCAGAUGCCGGCCUCUACACAUGUGUAGCACGCAACCAGUUUGGCGUAGCAAGCAGCUCAGGGACAAUGAUGGUGAAAGAGGCUACAGUAAUCACAACACCCCCCUCAACAUUGGAUGUUACAGUGGGUGAGAGCAUUGUUUUGCCCUGUCAAGUGACCCAUGACCCCUCACUGGAGCUCAAGUUUACGUGGUUCUUCAAUGAGCAGCUCAUCCAUUUUGGCAGUCAUGGAGGAUACUUUGAGAAAGUUGGAAGUCAUUCUUCUGGAGACAUUAUGAUUCGGAAUAUUCAGAUGAAACAUGCAGGGAAGUACACAUGUGCCGUGCAGACCAAGGUGGACAGCAGCUCUGUUGCCACGGACCUGAUCGUCAGAGGUCCCCCUGGCCCCCCUACCAGCAUCCAUGUGGAAGAGCUCACUGAUACUACAGCCACUCUCUCUUGGAAGCCUGGUCCUGAUAAUCACAGUCCAAUUAACGCCUACACAAUACAGGCUAGAACCCCCUUCUCACUGGGAUGGCAAGCUGUCGCCACAGUGCCAGAAGAAGUAGGAGGUCGCCGGCUAACAGCUACAGUAAUCGAGCUCAGCCCUUGGGUGGAGUAUGAGUUUCGAGUGGUGGGAAUCAAUGCACUGGGUACAGGUGAGCCCAGCAAACCCUCCAAGCAAGUAAGGACCAAAGAUACACUCCCCAAGGUUGCUCCAGCUAAUGUGAGUGGAGGUGGUGGAAGCAGAUCAGAAUUAGUUAUCACUUGGGAGCCUGUUCCUGAGGAACUUCAGAAUGGCCCAGGUUUUGGCUAUGUGGUGGCUUUUCGACCUUAUGGUGCCACAGGUUGGAUGCAGGCUGCUGUACCUUCUGCAGAGGCCUCCAAAUACAUCUUCAAAAAUGAAAGCAUUCAACCAUUCUCCAAGUUCCAGGUCAAAGUGGGCGUUUACAACAACAAGGGUGAAGGGCCGUUUGGGCCAGUUGUCACUAUCUACUCAGGUGAAGAAGAACCUGCCAGAGCACCUACAAGGGUAAGGGUUCAGAGUCUUUCAGCAUCAGAGUUGGAGGUGACAUGGAAAACCCUUCCAUGGAGUACAAACAGAAGGCGUGUUCUUGGCUAUGAGUUGAGGUACUGGGAGAAGAAGGAGAAAGAAGAUAUGGCUAGUGUGUUAAGGACAGUGGGAAAUCGGACAUCUGCUAUUAUUCAGGGUUUAAAAGGAAGCAGGACAUAUUAUAUCACAGUGAGAGCCUACAAUUCAGCUGGAGCUGGACCUCCAAGUGCAGCAGUCAAUGUGACCACCAAGAAACCUCCUCCCAGUCAGCCUCCUGUAAAGGUAAUGUGGAACACAUCAAACUCCAAGAUCAUACUGAAUUGGGAGCAAGUGAAAGCUUUGGAGAAUGAAUCUGAGGUCAUGGGAUAUAAGGUUUUGUAUAAGCAAAACCGUCACAGUCGUCCUAGAGUGAUGGAGACCAACACCACAUCAGUGGAGCUGUCUUUGCCUCCAGAUGAAGAAUACAUCAUUCAGAUCAAGCCUUUUGGAGAAGGAGGAGAGGGCAGCAGCAGCAAACAAAUCACAAUCCCCAGAAUAUCUGGUCCCAAUGCAAUUGGAUCUGCAUCCAGCGUAUCCACUCUCUCAGCCCUCAGCACAAUAGCCCUGUCCCUCACAGCCCGGACAUCCUUAUGACGCAGCGCACAGGCCAAAUGCUUGAAACAAUAUGUUUAAAAAAGGAGACUCUUAAGAAAGCCCUAAUUAUGGGUUUGCAGUUUGCAAUGCUGUUUGGAACAGGAUGGCUCGUCUUGAAUUUGUUGUUACCAAAGCUGAUAGUACUCAAAAACUGAAUAUAUAUAUAUAUAUAUAUAUAUAUAUAUAUAUAUAUAUAUAUAUAUAUAUAUAUAUAUAUAUAUAUAUGGUAUGCAUAUUUUGUAUGCCAUAACUAGCUUUUAUUUUGUUUGCUUUGCUUUUCUUGGAACAAACAAAACAAAUAGACUUUAUUGACUGAAUUACAGCAAGAGGUGUUAGCCUUUGGUGAGGGCUAUCAUUAAUGUAUAUGACACAGUCCACUGAGGUCAUGUUUAAGUGGCCAAGAUGGCCAGGAUGUCUAAACAUUCACUCCAUGUGAGUCCUUGCACUGAAUUCUCUUCUGAAGGAGGUAAGGAGAGGAAAAGUCAAUAACUAGGAGUUUGAAAGAAUUCUGACUGUGCUGCAUAUAAAGGCGGCAAUCUUUGAAGGCCAUUGUCUAUCCACUGGCUUCAGUUACUUCCCAUUUGAUCUGCAGACGUUCGCCUGUUGUUAACAUUGGACAUUCAGACGUUUGUGUGUCUUUCCUAUUAUCUUAUUCAUAUAUUUCUAUGUUCUGUCUGUUGUUUGCCUUUUGUGUGCCUCGUCACAUGUUUUUUAAACUCCUCAGGUCCUCAAAAAGCCUUAACUUAUAUUUGCUGUUUCCCAGCAGGCUAUGCUAAUGCAGUGAGAGAUUGCACAGUAUUGCAUUGGGUAGAAAGCUGGGGCUUAGUCAACUUGGAUUUUGGAUUUCUGUUUUGGGUGUUGGGUCCAUUAUUCCUAGUCCAUCACUUCUAUUUUUCUAUCUUGUACCAGUUACCCAUGGCUUAAGGGCAAUACAGUGUAUAAUGUAGAAGGGCCAUGGACCACAUUUAGAUAAAUUAUACUUAAUCUGCUGCUGACAUUUCAGUUCUCUUUUUUCAAUGCCAUUUGGGAUCAGUUCCUUAUAAUAUCUAGCUUGUAAUAUUUGUGAGGUGGAGGUUAGUAAAAUGUAGGCUACUUAAAUGGUUCUGAGACAAAGAUCAACAAAAAUGUAUAACAUGCUUUUUGUAUAUUUCAGAAUGUUUAUAUUUAAGGAAACAACAGCAAAAACUAAUGUUUCCUAAGAGUUGUUCUUGUUUUUUACAUAAUGGAAAAGAUAAGAACUGUUUAUUAUUGUGGAUAAGUGUUGCUUUGCAUGUUGGUGUAUUCUUCUCCAUCUCCGUUCAUUUGGUAUUGAUUGAAUGGCUUACGAUCAUGCAAUCACGAGUGCAGAAAUAAGAAUUAUUGUUACCAGGGAUUUGUGUAUAUAUAUGUAUGUGUGCCGUAGCCAUCUUUCUGCCUGUUUCUGGCUUGCUCGCCGUCUGUCUGUCUCACUGUCGUUCUUUCUCUCUACGGUGCUUUCAAACAAAGUACUUACCAUUAGAAAUGUAAAAAACAUAGAUUAUUUUAUUUGCUGCUGUUUGUUUAUACUGGGUCAGAGAAUAAAGGGGUUGUUUUUAAAAGCUGA